AUGGGAGUCAGUACAAGUUCUGAUCGACCGAUCCAUGUUCGCAAAGGUGAUUUGACAAAAGAACGAACUGAUGUUGUUGUCGUGUGCUCAUCAUCAAUAGGCUUGCUCACAAGUGUAUUACAAGCAGGUGGAGAUGCCUUAAUGAAUUCAUACAACAUUGAGUAUAGAAAAAAUCCAGCAAAUAUCAUUGCAAUUGCAGCUAGUGGACAACUACUAGCGAAAGUAAUUUAUUUUAUUCCAUGGGAACCCGAUUCUGAUGAAACAGUACUCGGUACGUCAUUGAAAAAGCUCGUCUCAAAUGCAAUUGAAAAGGCAGUUAAUGGUAAUUAUAAGAGUAUUGCAUUUCCGGCUAUUGGUUGUGGCCAAUACGGCUGUUCUCUCAGUCUUGUUGCUAAAACUUUAAUUGAAGAAGCCCAUCAAUUACAAACUUUGUAUCCAAUUGCCGUUUCAUUUAUAAUACAACCAGAUAGAACAGAUAUCUAUGAUGAGUUUAAAAACCAAAUUGACUUAUUAGAAUCAUCAGAACAAUUAGAACCAUUAGAACGAACUCCAGAAACACCAACAGUAUCCCUCCCAAUUGGAAACGGUACGAUUAUAGUGGAAAAGGGUAAUAUAACAACGCAAAAAGUUGAUGUUAUUAUUGGAAGCCCAUCAUCGAUAGCCUUACAUUAUGCCAUAAUCGAAGUAGCUGGUGAUGAGGUUAAAACUGCGUUUGAAAUCGAAUAUAAACGCAAUCCGAAUUCGAUUUUGAUCUCAACUCCACCUGGGAAAUUAUCUUGUCAGCGAAUCUUUUUUCUUAAAUGGGAACCAGAUGCAGAUGACUCGAAACUUCGACAAUCGAUCAUCGAUUUCGUAUGGAAUAUUAUCCAGAAUGUUAUCUCUUACAAAUACACAUCAAUUGCAUGUCCAGCAAUUGGAUGUGGAGGAUACGGUUGUUCAGUAGAUAUUGUAAUCAAGACACUGGUUCAAGAAAUUAAAAAUCAAUUGAAAACAAGAAAUUUAUCAUUGACAGUCAAGUUUGUUAUUCGACCUGAGCAACAAAAUAUUUAUGAUGAAUUUUGUAAACAAGUGUUGGCAUCCGAAGAAGAGGCUGUCAAAAUAUCGAUUGAAGAUCAACUACCAGCAACAUGGGUGAAAUCAACAAGCCAUCAAUUACGAUUUGUAGUGCCGACUCAUACAGACGAAUACAAGUCUGUUGUCAAACCGUUCGAUAAGGCAAUGAAAGGAAGAUAUACUCAAAUAAUAAAAAUCGAACGUAUUCAAAAUGAGCGAUGGCUUUUACAAUAUUUGGCGCAUAGUCGAGAUUUUAAAAAAAGGCUUACAGUAGAUACUGAAAAACGUUUAUAUCAUGGAUGUCCUGAAAAAUCAGUCAAUUUAAUUAUCCAAGACUGUUUUAAUAGAAGUUUUGCUGGAGUGAACGGAACGAUAUACGGUGUUGGUGUUUAUUUUUCAUCGAAUGCAGUCUAUAGUCAUGAUUAUGCUCAACCGAAUGCCAAUGAAGAACGAUGUAUGUUUGUUUCGCGUGUUCUAAUUGGGAAAACGACUAUGGGGAAUCGCUCAAUGAAAACUCGACCUGUAGGAUUCGAUUCAACAACUGAUGGGAACCAUAUUUACGUCACUUAUCAUGAUGCACAAGCACUUGCCGAAUAUUUAAUAACUUAUAAGUAG